AUGGCCGACGCUCUGAAGGCCGAGGGCAAUAAAGCCUUCUCUGCAAAAGACUAUGCUACCGCUAUCAAUAAAUUUACAGAGGCUAUCGCCAUCGAGCCGCAUAAUCAUGUUCUGUAUUCGAACCGUUCCGCAGUGCACGCCGCCCUCGACGACUAUCAGAAGGCCCUCGACGAUGCUAACAAAGCUACCGAAAUCAAGCCCGACUGGGCAAAGGGCUGGAGCCGAAAGGGAGCCGCUGCUCGUGGCCUAGGCGAUUUACUGGCCGCGCAUGAUGCCUAUGAAGAAGCAUUGAAAUUGGAGCCCAGCAACGAUCAGUUUAAGUCUAGCUUCAAUGCUGUUAAGCGUGCUAUUGAUGCCGAGGCCAAAGCCGAUGGCUUCCAAGGAGACCCGACUGCUGGACUGGGAGGUAUUUUCAACGACCCACAACUCAUUCAGAAACUAGCCAGCAACCCCAAGACCUCUUCUUUGCUCGCAGACCACGAUUUCAUGUCGAAAUUGCAACGAUUGAAAGAGAACCCAAAUAGUAUUGGAGAAGAGCUGAGAGAUCCUCGAUUUCUUCAAGUAAUGAGCGUACUUCUCGGCAUCGACAUGCAAUUCGGUGCACCCGGCGCAGCCGGUGGACCUUCAGGAGCCACCGAGGUCGAAGAAGAUGUGCCGAUGCCUGAUGUUCGUCCAAAGCCUGCAGAGACCAAAAAAGAACCGGAACCCGAGCCAGAGCCCGAGCCAGAAGAUGAGGAAGCCAUUGCUAAGAAAAAGGCCCAGGAAGCUGGUGAUGCUGAAAAGAAGAUCGGCAACGACUUUUAUAAGAAGAAGCAAUUUGCAGAGGCUAUUGAGCACUAUCAAAAAGCAUGGGAGCUUAAUAAGGAUAUUACAUACCUCAACAACAUCGGUGCCGCCAAAUUCGAAAGCGGUGAUUAUAAGGGAACCAUCGAGACUUGUGAAGAAGCUGUUCAAGAAGGCCGUGAACUCCGAGCCGAUUUCAAGACCAUCGCCAAGUCAUUUGCCCGCAUCGGAUCAGCGUAUGAGAAGUUGGGUGAUUUCUCUCAAGCAAUCGAAUAUUACAACCGGUCUCUUACCGAACACCGUACUGCGGACGUUCUAACUAAGCUUCGUGCUGCUGAGAAGGCCAAAUUGAGCACGGAGAAGAACGCCUAUGUGAACCCCGAAGAAGCUGAAAAGGCUCGUGAAUUGGGCCAGAAGAAGUUCCAGGAGGCUGACUGGCCAGCUGCUGUUGAUGCGUUCACCGAAAUGACAAAACGAGCACCCGAAGAUCCUCGUGGGUUUUCUAAUCGUGCUGCUGCGCUGAUCAAGCUCAUGGCAUUCCCCCAGGCUGUGCAAGACUGUGACGAAGCCACGAAACGCGACCCCAGUUUCAUUCGGGCUUACAUUCGCAAAGCCCAGGCUCUCCUUGCCAUGAAGGAGUACAACAAAGCCCUUGAUGCUCUCACAGGAGCAUCCGAGCACGACACCACCGGCAAGAACGCGAGGGAAAUUGAGCAACAGCAGCAGAAGGUCCUGGAAGCCCAAUUCAGUGCUCGCGCUGGUGAGACUGAGGCUGAAACAGCGGAACGAAUCCAAAAUGACCCCGAGAUCAUGUCUAUCCUCCAAGAUCCCGUUAUGCAGAGCAUCCUUCAACAAGCCAAGGGAGACCCGGCCGCUUUACAAGAGCACAUGAAGAACGCCCAAGUGCGCAGCCAGAUUCAAAAGCUUGUAGCAGCUGGUGUCAUUCGCAUGGGACGGUAG